AUGUCUAGAAAUUUACCCUUAUUAGGUACUGCCGAGGUUGCUAAGCAUAAUACUCAAAAAGAUUGCUGGGUUACCUUGUACAAUAGAAAAGUAUACAAUGUUAGUGGUUUUAUUGAUCAACAUCCAGGUGGAGGGGAUAUAAUCUUACCAUACGCCGGAAAAGAUGUUACAGGAAUUAUGGCGGAUAUAAUUUCCCAUGAGCAUUCAGAAAGUGCAUACGAGAUGUUAGACGAUGAGAUGUUGGUUGGAUACUUAGCUACGGCCGAAGAAGAAAGAGAGUUGUUGAAUAAUAAGAACAAUACUCCGGUUGAAGUUAAAUUAGAAAAAGGCAGUGACGACGAUCUCUAUGAAUUCCACGAUAAAUUGCCACCAGCAGAGAAAUUAUCGAUUCAAACCGAUUACGAAGAAGAUGUCAAGAAACACAAAUUUUUGGAUUUAAAUAAGGCAUUGAUCCCCCAGAUGUUGUUCAGUGAUUUUUCGAAGGAAUUUUAUCUUGACCAGGUGCAUAGACCUAGACAUUACGGGAAAGGUUCGGCUCCAUUAUUCGGCAAUUUCUUAGAACCUCUUUCAUUGACACCAUGGUGGGUAGUGCCAACAGUUUGGCUUCCAGCAAACUUCUAUAUUUUCUACGUUGGUUUUGUCAAUCAAGACAAAUUGAUUGCAAUAAGUUUCUGGGCUAUGGGCUUGUUUAUUUGGACAUUGGUUGAAUACUGUAUGCACAGGUUUUUGUUUCAUUUAGAUGGGUAUUUACCUGAUCAUCCUGUUGCACUUACUCUCCAUUUCCUCUUGCAUGGUGUCCAUCAUUAUUUGCCAAUGGACGGAUACAGAUUAGUGUUACCACCAACUUUAUUCGUCCUUUUAGCAUAUCCAUUCUACAGAUUAGUAUUUGCCAUAUUCCCAUUCUAUAUGGCAUGCUCUGGUUUUGCUGGUGGUACUUUGGGAUAUAUUUUAUAUGAUGUUACCCAUUAUGUUAUUCACCAUACAAAAUUACCUCAGUUCUUACAAGAUAUCAAAACUUACCACUUAGAGCACCAUUAUAAAAAUUAUGAAAUGGGCUUUGGAGUUACAAGUAGAUUUUGGGACGUCAUUUUCGAUACCGAAAUCACUAGCACCUUUCAAAAGAGGAACUAA